AUGGAGGUGGCGGUGGCGGUGGUGCUUGAGCUCUUCUCGAUUGUAAACCUGGUGGAGGUGGUGGAACCGAAGGACGCUGAGAUUGACGAUUACCGUUUAAUGAACUCGUCAGCUGGUCAGAAUAGCCUAAACACUGACCUAGAGUUUGAUCUGUCUUUUAGCUCAUUAUUUCAGUCUCUUAUUGAUUCUGUUGUUGAACAAAGUGGAACUGCAAAAGAGUAUGGUAUGACUUGGGAAAGAUUUGGACCAAUGAUUUCCUAUUGCUGCUCACUAUACGGUGUGUCUUGUCUAUUAGUUACGGUGAUUUUGAAUCGUACUAUGGUUUUGGCAUCAAGUAAUAUCAGAACUGGACAACAACAAAAUCGCCAGAAGCUGGUAUAUAACUUGAAGAAGGGUACUGUUUUUGGAUUGCGGGCCUUGACCAUAAUUAUUUUGUUAAAUAAUUUAUGGAAUUGUCUAAUUGUUCUUAAAUUAACCGGGGUUAACUCUGAGGUAACUCCCUGGUAUGUCAAGUUUCUUCCCGAUAAUUUACACAACUAUGAUUCGGAAAAUGUCUGGUUUGCCAAAUAUAUACCUAAGCAAUUAUUCGGAUAUAAUCCAGAUGAUUACCCUGCAAAUAGCUAUAUGGCUACUCCAAAAAACUCCCCAACAAUAGGUCCAAGUACUGUGAUUUAUUGGUCUGUAUUCUUGGGUGCUUGUCUACUGGUGUUUGUUGAAACUUUUUCGUCCACAAUUUUAGGUGAAAAACGCUAUGUUAGUGCUGGAUUUACAUUAUUCGAACUUUCAGCUGGAUUUCAUGAACAAAGUUCAGCUGCUCCAUUCUUACCAUCUCUGACAAUUCAUAAACCUACAGAAGGAUUGGUUAUCAUUUGCAUUUAUCUGAUUCUUUGUCAUCUUAACAAUCAUGUGGGUAGUAUCAUCAACAAUAAUAAAUAUAGGUUAAUUCCUCUGACUAUUCUUGGAAUGGGUUUACUUGGAUACUUUGCUAAUUCUAUCAGACAGCAUUCUACUUUUGACAUUUCUGUCCCAUGUGUGAUGGCACUUUUUCCCCAAUUGGUAACAUGCAUUGGUGUUUUUUUAGCUGGCGUUAUUUUCCUUUUGGCUAUUAUUGCAAAUGGUUUUGAUAUUGGAGCUCUCAAUUACGGAAGGCUUUUUUUCAAUGAAGAUGAUAACAUAUCACCUCAAGAAAGGUUUAACGUGGGUCUUGAUGAUGAUUUUUUAACUGCCUUGGUAAGUUUUGGUCAAUUAGCAGUAACCCUGGCUGGUAAAUCAUGUUAUAUUACAGAACUUAGUUUGGUUAAUGUUGAACCUGAAACUUAUAUCGAAAGAUCAAUUUGGACCUUCUUAAAGUCACAGGUAAGAUCAUUCCGUAAAUUACCGCAAGACCGAAGACCAAACCGUGAUAAUUUAUUGGCAUAUUUGAAAGAUCAUAAAAUAUCAGGAUAUAAUAAUAUAAUUACGAAUCCAAGUAAGCGAUUGCUUUCUGACGGUAGUUAUAAUAUUGAUGAUGAUGAUCUUGAAUAUUACAAUGAGUUUAGAGUUUCUAAUAUGAGUAUUCAUCGUAAAAGGUUUGUGUUCGUUACCAGAAUAUAUAUUAACUUGAUUCAAUUGAUCAAAGGGUUAGUGAUUGAUAAAUUUAUCCGCUCUUACAUUCCUUACUUGGUAAAGGUCUAUAUACUUCGAAUUCAACUUUCGGGGACUUUUAGAAAAAACAUGAUUGAAACUGAUGAUGAAUUCGAAGCCCGUAAACAAUCGGUUCCGACUUUUUUAAGGAGAUAUGUUCGAAAAUUACAACCAGUUGAAAGUGUCAUUCCGUCACCCGUACUAGAAGAUGAAGACUCUGCAAAAGUUCAACUCAGUCAAUUCACAGACCAGCAGUUACGUAAUGAGUAUGUGUCCAUAUUACAAGGUGAAGACAUAGCUGAAAUAGAUGAGUCGGAAGAUUUUCUAGAGAAUGCUGAAUCAGAACUGGAAAUCGAAAGUGAUUUUUCGGAUAUAGAAUCAAUUGAUUUGACACAAAGUGUGGUAAACUCAGCAAGAAGACCUAACCCUAGUUCCGAUAACAUCCAGCUUGCUAUCAAUGAAUUAUUCACCCCUCAAGGACUUCAAGAAUUUAUACAAUCACCAUUGGAAUCAUCAGUUUUACAAAAGCACUUGACGUACGAUGGUAUAUUGACCAGAUCGAAAUACAACAAAAUGAUAAAACCAGCAGAAGAGGUCAAAGACGAAGCUGGAAAAUUACUUGAGCUUAUCAUAGAGAAGAGAGGCGAGGAAUUGAAAGACAUUCUCGAUGGUAAAGAGCUUCCAAAAGAGCACAAAAAGAUCGAAGACGACGGUGACUCGAUCGACGACUUUGCUGAUUCUAAAUUUGACUGUGUUAUCUGUCAAACUAAUACCAGAGAAAUCAUCACCUGGCCAUGUCGAUGUUUUGCAAUUUGCGAAAGUUGUAGAUUGAGCUUGGUAUCAAAAGGAAUGGAAGGAUGUGUCUGUUGUCGUAGAGACGUCGAAGGUGUUUCCAAAGUCUUUGUUCCAUAA